AUGUCUUCUUCCAUCCUACACCAGUGUCCCUUUUGCGGCCAUGUCUCCGACAUCGCCCUUGCCUUGGCUGCCUUUAUCGAGAACCCGCACUGUGCCCAGUGCGGAUUAUCCGUGUCGGAAGGCAACGGGAAGCUCCAAGACGAGCUAUCCGCCCUGUUCGACCGGCAAAUGACAAUGGAGCAGCGCGCCCCCUCCCCAUCCCAGCCCGACCUGGCCGCGUCGCAAGCCCCCAUCUCCUACAGUAUCACCCAGCACUACCAUCACUCAUCCCACGUAGCUCCUUCUCACCCCGUUACCACGGACCCCGCCAUGGCCCUCCACGAGAUCCUGGUGCAGCAUGGACUCGACCCGAGCACUCUUUCUCCUGCCCAGCUCGAUCUUGUGAGAAAUGCGGAUCCGGAGCAGCAGCAGCGUUUGAUUCAAACGUGGCAGCUGUACGCGAUGCACGGACAGACCCGGACACAAGACCUCGAAAUGAACGACUCGGAGCAUAAAGGGUUUGCGGAGCCCUAUAUGGUGUCUGGUUAUGAGGCCACGACCCUGCCAAAUGAGCCCUCGACCGGAGAGCCCUACGCUGCGUCUACAGACCCCGUGUACAAGAGUCAGAACUGGUGCGGGUCGUCGGCGGGACCCAUGGAGUCACAGUACGGGCUAUUCGAGGAGAGGCAUCGGUAUCAGACAGCAUGUGCUGGGGUUCAACCGCCGCAGUGGCUGUGCCCGAACUAA